AUGACACCAAUGAAGGGCUUCAUUGUAUUCCCUCUUAGUUUCUCUUUGUUGCCCAUCUGCAUUCUCUCCAGUGCAUUGCACAGCAUAGCACCAACUCAAUCAAUUGUUAGAGAUGGUGAGACUAUAGUAUCAGCAGGCGGACGCUUUGAGCUGGGAUUUUUCAGUCCGGGUAAUUCCAAUAACAGAUACUUGGGAAUAUGGUACAAGCAAGUUUCUCCUGUAACAGCAGUAUGGGUUGCAAACAGAGAAGCUCCACUGCUUGAUUCAGCUGGUGUCCUGAACAUCACCAACCAGGGAGUUCUUGUCCUUCUUAAUGGAAUGGAUCUCAUCAUUUGGUCUUCCAGUGUAUCCAUAUUGGCUCAGAGUCCAACCGCAGAGCUGUUGGACUCAGGAAACUUUAUUGUGAGAAAUGGGAAUGAUGCCAACCCAGAAAACAUCCUGUGGCAGAGUUUUGAUCACCCAAGCGACACGUUACUUCCUGGUAUGAAGCUGUGGUGGAACAGAGUCACUGGCGUAGAGCGUUACCUCUCUUCCUGGAAACGCAUAGAUGAUCCUGCUCCAGGUGAUGCUAGGGUUCGGGUCAAUCCCCAUCGAUUUUCGCAGUUAAUUAUGAGCAAAGGAUUAGUGCACUCGGUAUCCGGACCAUGGAAUGGUAUUGGAUUUGGCGGGACGCCUGGAUUGGAAGCACACCCGUUUUAUAAAUUUGAUUUUGCUUUCAACAAGAAAGAGAUGUAUUACAGUUACCAACUCAUUAACAGCUCCCAUAUUUCUAGAUGCGUGCUAAAUCAGGAAGGCAUGGUGCAGCAAUUCUUGUGGUCCAAUCCCACCCGGGGUUGGAUACCUUAUAUAUCUAUAACAAUGGAAAAUUGUUUCCGCUAUGCAGCGUGCGGUCCAUUUGCUAGAUGCAAUAUAAACAACUCACCCAUAUGUGGGUGUUUGCCAGGAUUUGUGCCCAAAUCACCAAAAGAUUGGGAGAUGGCAGAUUGGUCACAAGGUUGUAUAAGAAGGACUCCAUUGGAUUGUCUUAGUGGGGAUGGAUUUCUGAAGCUGUCAGGGUUGAAAUUGCCAGACACUGUAAACUAUUGGUAUGAUGAGAGCAUGAAACUUGACAAAUGCAAGGUGAUGUGCUUGAAGAACUGCUACUGUACCGCUUAUGCAAAUCCAGAUGUCAGAGGAGGUAGAGGAUGCUUGAUGUGGUUCGAUGACUUGAUCGAUAUUAGAGAAAGCAAGAACGGUGGGCAGGAGAUUUAUAUCAGGUUGGCUCCAUCAGAACUAGGUAAGAAAUUAUCCUUGAAACUCAAAACUUAA